GCAGAACAUAAACAUUUCGUAAUGAGUAAUGCAAAGGAAGUAUUUUUUGGCCAGUAAGCAACGCUGCUUCCGGUAUAGAGGACCAAGCCUAGACCAUGCUGAUGAGUGGCCAAGAAGCAUGAAACAGCUGUUCAUGGUUGGCUGUCCUUUUGGUCGGAAGCAUCAUGUUUGGCUAAGAAGACCAUGAUGUAGAAGAAAUAGUGUAAAUACUUACCAAAGACUUUAAUUAAUUAUAAAAACAGUGUGGAAAUCUUUAAAAUAGGACCUAUCUAAUACUAAAGUUGAUACAGUUCCUAGUCAGUUCCUUCAAAAUGGUGAGAGUGUAUAAGAAAAAGAAACAAGACCCUUCUUACAGUGCUGAACUUUUAAAAGAUGCGAUCAGAAACAUCCAAGAAAGUGGUAUCAGAAUUCGUGGUGCUGCGUAGAGGUAUCAAAUCCCAUUUUCCACUCUUCAAAAACACCUACGAGGAACCCGAGGAUCAAAAAGAUAAAUUAGUGAAUGCCAUAAAAACCAUGGAAAAGUGGGGUUGGGGGCUCAGCAGAAAAGAAGUCUUAGAAUUGGUGGGAAAGUAUGUUACGAAAAAUAAUAUAAAAACGCCAUCUAAAGAUGGAAUACCUGGCGAGGAUUGGUUCUUAUCAUUUAAAAAAAGGCACAGGCUGUCUUUAAAAAAGCCACAAGGACUGGAGUAUGCCAGAAAACAAGCCAAUGAUUCAUUUGUGAUUGAACAAUAUUUUGACAUGUUAAAAGCAACCUUAGAAAAUAAUAACCUGCAAAAUAAGCCUUUUCAGAUUUAUAACAUCGACGAAACUAGUUUUACGCUCGACCCAAGUAAAACUAAAAUUGUGGGUCACAAAAAUGCAACUGCCUCAAGAAUAACCACCGAUCAUGGGAGAGACAGUUCUCAUGGGUGGCAACGCAAAUGGGGAUAAACUGCCUCCAUUAAUUGUUUUUAAAGGAAGAAAUAUAUGGGAUACCUGGAUGGCUCCCAAUGAAUCCACCUUUCCAGGCACUUCUUAUGCUGCGUCGCCAAAUUGUUGGAUGGAAACCGAAAUCUCUG